GCCAAGUCAAAUUCUGUGCCCAAUUCUCCUGGGAGAAAGUCUGAUGGGAACAAUACUUAAAUUAUUUUAGUUUUGGUUAGUCUCACCUAUAUGCAGGUUAGGCCACUGUAAAUGUUGAAUGAGACAAAGCGUGUGUAUUUUCGCCAAGAUGAAUAACCCAUCUACUCUGGCAAACCCUGGCAGGAUUUGAGUUAUUUGCUGGGUCACUCCCACUCUUGGGUAUCUUUAUUGCAAAAAGGAUAUUUUCUCCGGGCAUAUUUUGGGAUGAUUAAACUGUGGAAAUGGCUAUUUAACAACGCGAACAGUAAGAUCAAUUAAAUACCGUGCACCAGGAACGCUUUCGCAAGCUGUCUGACUCCCUAUAACCUAAAUGUUUACUGGACUAUGAUGGUGUUGGUUUAUCUAUGCGUGUUUCAUCGACUCCGAGAUGCGGGAGGUGGAGUUUCCACGCGCACUCAGCUUAUAUACCACACAUACGCAACGCAAGACCACAGAGCAUAGAGGUUUCAUACCCUUGGAAGUCGACAUUUCUGACAGGAUUUCUUGCUCAAGUUCUUCUGCUCAACAGGUGUCGGAAUCGUUUAAAUCGUCUGUCACGGAAAGAAGGGAAAAGUUUUCAGUUUUCCACAGAACCAUGCUCUGCACACAACACCAGUGAGACCCAAACAGGGGACCCCAACGCUGAGUCUGCUUCUUCACCACCCCCCCUCCACCAACAUCCGCACGGCUGAUCAACGAUGAACGCCUCAGAGACCACCACCCUCCCCGUUCCCCACUGGAGCUCCUGGCUGAACGCCAGCCCCGUGUACUCCCACCCCAACGUAACCUCCACGUCCCCCUCCAUCACCAGGCCCAAGGCGUGUGAGCAACUCAACAUCGCCACGGAGGUCUUCCUCACACUGGGCAUCAUCAGCCUCCUGGAGAACAUCUUGGUCAUCUGGGCCAUCGUGAAGAACAAGAACCUCCACUCGCCCAUGUACUUCUUCGUCUGUAGCCUGGCCGUGGCCGACAUGCUGGUGAGUGUGUCCAACGCGUGGGAAACCAUCGUUAUCUACCUGCUGAACAACCGGAAGCUGGUGGUGGAUGAAUACUUCACCCAGCAGAUGGACAACGUCUUAGACUCUUUGAUCUGCAUCUCGGUGGUGGCGUCCAUGUGUAGCCUGCUGGCCAUCGCCGUGGACCGCUACGUCACCAUCUUCUACGCGCUGCGCUACCACAACAUCAUGACCGUCCGCCGAGCCUCGUUCAUCAUCGCCGGCAUCUGGACCUUCUGCACGGGCUGCGGCAUCGUCUUCAUCAUCUACUCGGACUCGACGUCCGUCAUCGUCUGCCUGGUGUCCAUGUUCUUCGCCAUGCUGGUGCUCAUGGCCUCGCUGUACAGCCAUAUGUUCAUGCUGGCACGCUCGCACGUCAAGCGCAUCGCCGCGCUGCCCGGCUACAACUCCAUCCACCAGCGGGCGAGCAUGAAGGGUGCCAUCACGCUCACCAUCCUGCUGGGCAUCUUUGUGGUGUGCUGGGCGCCCUUCUUCCUGCACCUCAUCCUCAUGAUCUCCUGCCCACGCAACAUCUACUGCAUCUGCUUCAUGUCGCAUUUCCACAUGUACGUCAUCCUCAUCAUGUGCAACUCCGUCAUCGACCCGCUCAUCUACGCCUUCCGCAGCCAGGAGAUGCGCAAGACCUUCAAGGAGAUCAUCUGCUGCUACAGCCUGCGUAGCGUCUUCGAAAACGUCCUCACGCUACCCAUGCCCGAACGGACCGCCAACAACCAGGUCAACGACACAUCUCAGGCCACGAGGAACGCCAAAAGGUCAUAAGCACGCACAAGGUGAGCCUGGAUGAAUUGUUUCACCUGAUUAGCUACACCUGCAGUGCCAUUUCACCAUCAAAACAGGGAUUUUUACUGCCAAAACAGGGAUGGUUGGAUGUACAUAUGGAUGUUCACCGUCAUAUAUGACAAGAAAACAUAACAUUCAUUAAAAGGGUUUCAUUUGAAGGAUUCACCAGCUUUCAUUUAAAGGCUUCCAAAAGACAAAAGAUAAUUCAGCCACAUCAUAUGGACUCUGAUCAUCUCAGUAUCAACUGUAUACAAAAAUAAAUGUGGAGCCUGAAAUUGAAAAGAACUCGCUGAAGGCAUAAACUAUAACAGUGCAAUACUGAAAGCGCUACAUGAAAUCAGGACUACUCAUGAAUACUCGUGGCAAACUAGUUGUGAAUAAAUGUUGUACAAUGUAAAUGAAAAUAAUUAUAUAUUAUCGCAUUGAUAUAACACUGACCUACUGUGAACUAUCUUGAAUUUUUUCAUGCAUAUCCAAAGCACUAUACAUACCAAAGUGGUAGCCUGAGAUUAAGGUUAAUCAAUAAAUCAUUGCACCUAUGUCAUUAACAGAUACAUGUCAGUGACUGAAGGCUGAGCCAACAUUGCGGAUCUUUUUGCAUUUAGCUAUCGAGGCAGAACUUUUGGCACUAGUUCCAUAAAUCAGCCAGAAGUACAAGUGUAUCAGUCAGAUAAUUCAGAGAGUUUGGAGGGAAAAGGAUCCUCUAAAAGAGGACCUCCCACAGGAUCACACUGUCCAAAUGGCCUCACCAGUGACUCACCAGUAAGGGCAGUUAUCAUUCACGUUUCAUUAACUGUCUUUUGUCAUCACAUAACAUGUGCAUAUGAGAGGUAGCUAUUAAAUAACAAGACUAAUGCUGUAGUUUAAACGUAA